AUGUCAAGCAGAACAAUGAGAGUUCACGUGGCUCUCUGCUGCAUGGCUGUGGCAUGCUGCUCGCCUGAAGGAAACAUUCGCGGUGCUGCAAAUCUCCGGUUCCUGGAUGUGGAGUACUUCAAUCGGAGUGACGUGGACAAACUUGUGGCGUGGCAGAUGAACCACACGUUGCAAAACAGUUCGCGGCUUCGGCAUCUUCAUGCCGAUCUGGAGCCCAUCUUCCGGACUUUGGCCAAGAUGCCGAGUGGAGGCUUAAGCCAUCAGGGAGCCCGAUACGCGCUCUUCCGAUUCUUCCUCCACGAGCGCAGCUGGCUGGUCAAAGGCCUGGAACCAGAAGGCGCCUGGCAAAAGCAGCCCGAGCGGCUGCGCAAGGUUUGGGAGAGCUGGGUGCCAUCUUACCUGCAGCAGCAUUUCGAGCAGGCCAAGCGGAGUGAAGGUGCCUCUUUGCAAGACCUGGUUGAAAUUGCGGCGGUCAUUGAAGACCUUGUGCGCCAGGAGUCCCGAAAGCAGAUGGCAAAGGUCUUCGAGUCCCUGGAGCUUCCUUUGAACAGCGUUAUCAGCCGUGAGCAAGCAGACGCCGCCGUCGACAUGUACUUGCUGGUGAUUCUUACCGCGCAGAACCUCACCCUGGCAGAGCCGGCCAAGAACAAAAGGCGCCUACGCGUCCUGCAUCGAACUCCGGCCCACGCUGGGGCACUGACUUGGCUCCGCCACCUGGAAGAUAGGACUCUCAAGGAUGAUGGCGGUGGCUACCAGUUCGCCGAAGUCAGCAAAGUCGCAGAGGCUUUUGGGUUCGAGUUCCCGAGCUUCAACAACAAGGAGUGCUCGGACCUCAAGGCGAGGCUCGUGUCCAUGGAAGGUGGGAGCGUCAAGCCUGGCCGAAUACCCCUGACGGACUUCUACCGGAGCAGCGCGUACAGACACUGGAGGUUUUCCGAAAGCCCGGAAUACCUACGUGAUCUUGGCGUGUUGGACGAAUCCGACCCCCACCGGCCUCAUGUAAUCUUGGCGAACUACAUAGCCAGCUACAACAACUGCAUGCGCACGGAUGGCUUGUACGCAAUUUGCUGCCGCAGCAUCUGCGGAGACAUGAUGAGCACUAUUGAGCAGCAGGUGUCAGGCCCGGAGGCCAGUGCAAAUCGUGUGGCCGAGCUCAUCACUGGCCUUGCGGGCACGAGAGGCCUGGAUCCCAAGCUGCGAAAGCGCCUCGACGGCAUUGCCGCCCAAAGUGGCGGCCACGUGCCUCUCCACGGACGCCUCUUCGCCCAGUUUUUGCAUCACGCGUUUCCUCGUGACUGUCCAUAUCCGCACGAGGCAGGCACGACGAAUCCUCAGACACCAGAGGACUGGAUGAAAUCGAACGGGCGAAGUACCACAGUCUCUCGAGAGCAACUCGAGCAAUUGGCACGAGACACAUGUCCUGCAGAUGUCCACGACGGAAGUGCUCCUUCGUACUGCCAGUCGGAGGAUGCGGAUUUGCCUUGGAGCAACAGCGAAGAUCGGCAGGAUUUGCUGAACGUGCCCAGACACGGUUCGCCACCAAGAUCUCUGAGUGCCGAGGACGCUGCUGGAAACCUGGCGCCUUCAUGGUCAAUGGCUUGCCUGACGAUUUUGCCCGCUUUCGUUGUCGUAGCUUACGCCUUGGGCGUGCUGCUUGGCAACACCACGCUACGCCGCCGAUGCCCUGCUGUAGUUCCUGCCAUCGCCUUCAUCUGGAUGUCCAUGAUGUGUGUGGCCUUUGACCUCCUUGACAUGCGUGCUGCUGUGGGGGCGGGCCUGAUCUUCCUAGCUUGGAGGAUCCUGGUCUAUCGCUUUCUGCCGAAUCCAGUCGCAAGCAAGUCCGCCGACAUGGAGGUUUGA